AUGGCGACGUAUUCGUCGACAUCUUGCUUCCUCGGAAGUGCGACGAAAAGACACGCGCAUAAAAACGCACCGCGCCACACCCAUCGUUCCUCCUCCGAUGUAAUUUCCGUUACCGCAAUUGGACCUUUCCGAGAACAAUCAUCGUCCGCGCGAGACAGAAGAAACUCCGUCUCGGCGGCAUCCUUCAGCGGCCGAACGACAAGUUCAUCGUCGUUAAUGAGAAGAAGACAAACGGAAAGAACGAGCAGAAUCGAGAGUAAAAACAACGACGAGGAAAAAGACGAGAGGACGAGAGAUGAUGAGAGCAAAACCUCAAAGGAAAAAGAGGUUGAAAAGUCCUUCGACAAAGCCUUGUCGAAGAAACUGACGACGAUGGCGAUCCCGUCGAAAGAGCGCAAACAGAAUAUUUUGUUGCGCACGCUCACGGCGGUGGCGAUUACGUGCGCGGCGAUUCUACCGCAGAUUUCGGAACGGCCGCCGACGCCGGCGAUGUCGAUCGGGACGGCGCGGACGAGCACGCUGGUCGUCGGCGCGACGAAGAGCGUUCUGGACGACGCCGGUUUGAAGAAGGAGAAGGACAGGAAAAGGUCGAGUUGGUACGCCGGGACGAUUAAUCUGUGA